UGCCCAGCAAUCUGUCAAACCAACCACCACCACCAACACAAACACAAACAACAACUGACAUUUCGUCAAUAGGUCCAUACAUAAAUUUGUCAUUUUUUCACUUGGCCACAAAACAAAAAAAAUCGAAAUUUCGUUUGUUUUGUUUUUGCCGCCUUAACACAGUAACUGUAUAUAUUUUUAAAAGUUGUAUUUAAACAAAUGCUGCAUCAACCGACGCCGCUGCCGCCGCCGACGUCGACGCACGGCAUGAAAAUGAUGUCGGGAGCUGAGGAAAAUCGUCAUUAUCUGCGUGCCUUCAUACAAACAUAUCGAGACAUGCCUGUAUUGUGGGACACUUCUCUCCGAGAUUACACGAAUCGGGAAAAGCGAGCGGAAGCAUAUCUCCGUCUCGUUCCCAUCUACCACUAUCUGAAACGGGACGCGACUGUCGAGGAUGUGAAGAAGAAGAUAAAUACACUGAGAACAAAUUACCGCAAGGAACUGAAAGUUGUGGAAAGCGCCAUGAGAUCCGGAAGUUUGCAUACGCCGCGUUGUUGGACAUUUCAGGAAUUGGAUUUUCUGCGCAAUACGGAAAAGUUUUUGGCUGUUAAUCCGACUUUUAAGAAUGAACCCAACUUUUCGUUCAGUGAGAAUUCCAGUUCGUUUAUGGAACAGCAUUCCAGUGUGCCAUAUCCGUAUCGCACAGUGGGACAGACGCCAAACAUAUCGGAAAUGUUUCACAAAUCCUUUGGACAUGUGCAGAAAGUGGAUCCCUUGCCCCCACCCCCACCACCGCCACCCGGUGGCAUGCAUCAAUCUCAGGGUGACUACGGAGUCGGUGUGGGAGUGGGAGUCGGAGUCUCCAAGAGAUUGCGACAGACUCCGCCUGCCAAUAAUGUUUCCGCCUCCGCCUCCAACACAACCAACAGCACAACUACAGUGAGCACUCACAACACGGACGAGCUGCUCAACAUUGCCUGCGAGUAUCUAUCCGGCACUUAUCCGGAGGAGGAGUCCAUUGCCCGCACCUGGACGCACAAGCUCAAGAGAUUGCCGAGGGAACAGCGUCUGCUCGCAGAGCGUUUCAUCAAUGAGAUUCUCUUCGAGGCGGAAUCGAAUAAUCUGCAUCGCGGCUCCGUCCAGAUCAACAACAGCUUUGAGCCCUACGUCCGGUUUGAGGAGCCGCCGGCGUGUCACGAGGAGCAGGAUAAGUCACAGAGUCCCAGUGUUCACACCUCCACGGAGUCCACACCAAAACCCAGCGGAUCCGCAGCCGGAACCGGAUCCGGUUCUGCAUCUCAAGCGGGAGCGAGUGCGCUCAAUGAGACCGGAAAUACCGGCAUUAGGGAAUUCUAAAUUACAAAAAUAUGUUGUACUAUUAAGUGUUAUUCAGUUUUUAUUGACAUAUGGACAUGGCACAGACAAAGUGUUGAACAAAUUAUAUAUGUAAGCUAGUGAUUUAAAUAAAUAUAUCAAUAUAUAGGAAAAUA